CGCAUCGAUACUGUAUAUCGGGAUAAGUAGUAGAUAGUCAUCUACCAUCGAACAAUUCUAUCAAUCACCCUUUUUGAAAUCACAACAAUCAUGGCGGCUCCUUCGCACCAAUCGGUGGUGACCACCAACGCACCGAAUCCAAUGCCCACAGUCUUCCCACAAGCCGUCGUCACGGCCAAUGGCUUUGUCUUUUGCUCCGGAAACAUUGCCAUGGAUCCUCAGACCUUGAAAGUCAUUGAUGGAGAUAUCCAAGCUCACACACAUCGCAUCAUUCAAAAUAUCAGCGCAGUCCUCGACGCCGCCGGCACCAGUCUAGCCCGCAUCGUCAAGAUCAACAUUUUCCUCGCCAAUAUGGAUGACUUUGCCCGUAUGAACGAGGUCUACGUCCAAUAUUUCCAAACCAAUCUUCCUGCGAGGACUUGUGUCGCCGUCAAAACAUUGCCAUUUAACACCGACAUUGAAGUGGAAUGUACAGCCCUUUUGUGACAUCGACGAGUGAGUAUGUCAUCUUCGACUCGAUCAUCCACGAUGAUAUCAAUGCACCAACGACAGAUAUGGAAACAGGCAAAGAUAGAAAAGUAGACAACACAAAGGGACCAAAGUAGGAGAGAUUGCACCAUCUGAAUUGGAAAAAGAGUUGUGCAAGGUAAAACAGUCUUGUGCUAAGAAUCGAAUGUGACAAUGACGAAAGGGGCGAGUCUGGGAUGAGAUUAAUUGAUAUUCCACUAAGGAGGUGUAUAGACCUGAGCAAUAACAGCACCCUGGCAACUUCGCCG